AUGUAAAAACUAAAGAUUCUUUAAAAGAACUUCACAUAACGCAAUAGUUAAUUAAUUUGCUUGAACAGAGUGUUGAAGUCAAAUUUCAGCUCUGGUUACUCCAUGCAUAAUUUAGCUUCGGAUGCAAUAGCUAUUAGAUAAAAUCAAAACAAGCAAGAAAUUUUGUUAAUAACAAGAUUAAGAGAUCCAUUUAAGGGGAUGUUUGCUUUUCCAGGAGGGUUUGUAGAUUAAAAUGAAGAUCCAAAAGAUGCUUGCUUGAGAGAAUUAAAAGAAGAAUGUGGUAUUGAAGGUUUUAAUCCAUAGCUUGUAACAGUAGCAGGAAAGCCCGGAAGAGAUCCUAGGAAGCAUGUUAUUUCUAUAGUGUAUUAUGUCAAUGUUGACCCGUAAUCUCAAGUUCAAGCUGGCGACGAUGCUGCAACAGCUUGCUGGUACAAUUUAUAAGAUGUCGUAAAGAAUUAAAAUUAAAAAUUCCAAAUGGCUUUUGAUCAUAGAGAUAUUCUAGACAUAUUUAUAAGGAAAUUUAAAUCAGAAAUAAAUUGA